UGACGGUCAACAACAAACGGUCAUGGUCAUUUCUCAAUUGUAGACAAUUGUAAAUAGAUAGAUAGAUACGGUAGAUAACAAGUUCGGCCCACCGCGCCGGUACUUACAAUUACUUACAUAAAAAAAUGAAUGUCAGUUGGUUAACGUCUGUGCAAAUCGAAAGGAAAGUUGCAAUAAAUUUACUUAAACGUUUUUUUCAAAGCACAAUAUCUUCAAAAAUGCCAGUUAAAGUUGGUGAUUCAGUUCCAAAUGUCGACCUUUAUGAAGAUAAUCCAACAAACAAAGUUAAUAUUGCAAACUUAUCAUCUGGAAAAAAGAUUAUUUUAUUUGCUGUGCCUGGAGCUUUUACACCAGGUUGUUCUAAAACACAUCUGCCUGGUUAUUUGAAACUUUCUGAAGAACUAAAGCAAAAAGGAAUUAAUGAAAUAGUUUGCGUUUCUGUAAAUGAUCCAUUUGUGACUGCAGCUUGGGCCAAAGACCAGAAUGCAGUAGGAAAAGUACGUAUUUUAGCAGAUCCUCAAGGAGCUUUCACAAAAGCAGUUGACUUGGGAAAGGAAAUUGCACCUCUGGGAGGUUUCAGAAGCCUUCGAUACUCAAUGGUUAUUGAAGAUGGUAAAAUUACAUCACUACAAGUUGAGCCUGAUGGCACUGGUUUAUCUUGUUCUCUUGCAGAAAAUUUAAAAUUGUAAAAGCAAAAUUUUCAAAUUUUUAGUGUAGUUAUGUAAAUAUUUUGAUUAUAGAUGUG